AUGCUAUCGAAACAGGCAAAAAUCAAACCUGCCCCAGUGGCUGAGGGGGCUGCCAGCCCAGGGGCUGCCCAGGAGGGGGAAGCUGGGCCAGAGGCCCCCAAGAAAGGAAAGGCCAGCCCAGAGGCCCCCCAAAAGGGAGAACCCAGGCAAGAGGCCCCCAAGAAGGAAGAAGCCAGGCAGCAGGUCCCCAAGAAGGGAGAGAUCAUCCCAGAGACCCACAAGAAGGGAAAAGCCAGGCAGGAGGCCCCCAAGAAUGGGGAAGGCAAACAGGAGAUGCCCCAGGAGGGAGGGGCCAGCCAAGAGGCCCCCAAGAAGCCCGUCUUCCCCUUUGGCAAAGUUCCUUUCAGGCCUCAUCACUGGCGGCUGAUGACGUUGAUUCUGGGGGUCUGUAGCCUGGUGUUGCUCAUUGUACUGCUGGGCUUGAUUGGCAAGUAUUUGCAUGUUUUGGAAGCAACAAGGAGAAAGAUGGCGAUGCUCCAAGGACAGAGCCAGAAGAUCAAAGAUUCAGUGAAGAAGCAGGCAGAAGGCAAAGGCAGCAGAUGCGACUCCUGUCUGGACACCUGGGUGCAGCAUGGUAACACCUGCUACCUUUUCUCCAAUAUGAGUGCAAAGUGGCCAGAGUGUGUAGAGCAUUGUAAGAAGCAGGGUGCCAAACUCGUUAAGAUGGACUCUCAAGGAGAACUGGACCUGGCCAAGGCUGGGGUUUGGGUGUGA